AAUAAUGCGCGCGAUAAGUGACGACUUUGCCGUAAUCCAGCCGCUUAUGUAACCCAUCUACCUCCAAACCAUGAUUUAUAUCACGUGUAGAUAAGAUAACCCGCGCAACCCCUCGUCGGAUUUCCACAAAACCGCGGGGGGAAUGGAUGGAGUUCAUUCAUUCACAUCAGUACUAAUCAGACAUACGAAAUCAAUUGAGCAAGCAUUGUGGUGGAGAAUCUCAUAAAAAUGACCAAAUUUCGUCCCUGCAUUGAUCUACACUCCGGCCAGGUGAAGCAGAUAGUGGGCGGGACGUUGAGCAGUGUUGCAGCGGACCUGAAGACGAAUUAUGUGUCGAAGUUGCCGGCCAGCCACUAUGCAGAAUUGUACAGGAAGAAUGAUUUGAGGGGCGGGCAUGUUGUUAUGCUUGGGCCCGGGAACGAUGAGGCUGCUAAGGAGGCGUUGAGGACUUGGCCUGCUGGGUUGCAGGUUGCGGGGGGGAUUACGGAUAAGAAUGCGAAGUAUUGGAUUGACAUGGGAGCUGAGAAGGUUAUCAUCACAUCGUUCCUCUUCCCGGAGGGCAAAUUCUCCCUUGAGCGGCUACAGUCCGUUCUUGCUGCGCUGGAUGGUGAUAAGUCUAAGCUGGUCUUGGAUCUGAGCUGCAGGAAGAAGGGUAAUACGUGGUUUGUGGCUAUGAAUCGCUGGCAGACGAUUACUGAGAUGGAGAUCACUCAAGAAUCAAUUGCACUCUUGGAGCCCUACUGUUCCGAGUUCCUCAUUCACGCCGCAGAUGUCGAGGGUCUGCAACAGGGCGUUGACGAGGAGCUCGUGUCCAAGCUGUCCCAGUGGUGCACGAUCCCUAUCACCUAUGCCGGAGGUGCUCGGAAUCUUCAGGAUCUGGAGAAGGUUCACGUCAGCAGCCAAGGGAAGGUAGAUUUGACGAUUGGAAGUGCGUUGGAUAUCUUUGGUGGUUCCGGGGUAACGUUUGAUGAGUGUAUAGAAUGGAACAAGGCGCACUAGGGUGUGGUUGUUGAGUAACUGAACGAAAUCGUGGUCAAAAUUUUAGACAUGAGACAUGGCAGAUGAUGUAUAUAUAUUCCAGUCAAUACUGAGGACAUGAAUGAAACUAAAGUGUUA